AUGAGCGAUGAUGAACAGGAGCUGUACUGCAUCUGCAGGCGGCCAGAAGGAACAGUGUUCAUGAUCUGCUGUGAGCACUGCGACCAGUGGUUUCACGGCCACUGCAUGGGCAUCACAAAGGAGAUGGCGGACAAUAUCGAGCUGUACUACUGUCUUGAAUGCAGACUUCGACACAAGGAUCUGACCAUCAAGUACAAGCACCCGCCGAAGGACGUGGAGGAGGAAGCUGGUAAGGUGUACUGCGCCCGAACAGACUGCCCGAUCGAGCUUGCCCCAGACUGCACAUCCAAAUACUGCAGUCGAGAAUGCCGAAUGAUCGUCGGCCAUCAACUGCUGCGCUCUUUCAUGCGUCGUGUCGCUCCGGGACCCCACAAUGGCACAUCUGCAGCGCUCAUCUCCAGGCUUGAGGCCGAGAAAACAUCUUUCCAGCAGGACCUGGAUCGGCGGAAACGGGCCAUUGCUGCUCUUCACGCCGAAAUCACCGCCUUCCAGCGCCAUGUCGACAGACUCAACGCUGGGGAGUUUGCGGCUGAGAGCGGGGAGCAACCGGUGAUCGAGAGCAGUGACGCGUCAUCAACGAGUGGUGGUGGUGGUGGUGGAGAAAACGGACCUGCACAUCACACGGAUGGCAGUGGUGGCGGUGAAGUGAAGCAGGAGGUCAAGGAAGAUGCACAGAUGAAGGAAGAGGAAGAGGAGAGACAAGGUACAGAGAUGGAGGGCGUGGUUGGUGACGCGGACAAGCCGUAUGUAAGCAGGCAAGCUGCGGGUGAAGCAGGAGGCAACGAGCAGGGGGGAGGUGAUUCCAGCAAGGACGGUGCAACAAGCAGUGAGGAGCCAGCGGCCAAGCGCGCGCGCAUGGAUGAGGGCAGUGGCCACGACAGCGGCACUGUUGCAGGCGCUGUGAAGGAAGAAGCAGAUGGCCGUGAUGCCAAAGGUCGUAAUGAUGAUAGCGGUGGUAAUGGUGGUAGCGCUGACAAUGACGACGAUGAGAAUGACAGUGGUGGUGGUGAUGAUGAUGAUGAUGAUGAUGGCGAGGGUCGUGGUGUGCUGGGCGUGCUGGGCGACUGGACCAACAUGCCGGGCACCAUCACGUGCUUUAUCUGCACCCGCGAACUGCCCUUGGCCGCCGGCCUCAAGCACAUCCCGCAGUGCUUCCGCGCUACGGAGCUCAAGUUUCCGCUCCUCGGCACCCAUCCCGUCAUCCUCCCGUUCUGCCCCAUCAAGGCGUUCUGCAACAAAAAGAUGGGCAAGCGGCAAGAAGUGUGCCAGCAGGUGGACGCGUUUUGUUUCCAGCACUCGCCAACAGCAAAGGCCAUGUGGAGGAUCAAAGGAGAGCGGUGCUGCGGUUUCUAUCCCCGCAGCGCAUCUCCUGAGGAUGGGUGCUGUCGCCGCCCCUACAAGCAAUGCCCGGCCCAUCUUGCUUGGCAGUUCUCCCGGCUUGGCCUCCUCUCAAAGGAAAUCAUUGCAGAGUCGCACCAAGCCGAGGUUGCUGCACAGGAACUUGACCGCUGUACCACCCGCCUCUCGCAACAACACCUGCUCAUCAUGCAUGCCAUGCACUCUGUGGAGGAUAUUCCGGCAUCCGAGGCCGCACCACCAACGGCAGACCCGUAUUGGAAGGAAGGGGCCGAGUCACAGACAAGCAGCGAGCAGCCAGAGUGGCUGCGGCGAAGAGAGGAAGCAGAUCCAUAUGUCCAGGACGACACUCGCCCUGCGCUCACUGUCGGCACAAAGAGCCUACCCAAACGACACUGGCGCUGA